AUGCCGUCCGGUCGACAAUUCAAAGUGAUCGGCUUCGUGACGCUCAUUGCCAUUUUAGUAAUUUAUUACGUCUCCAAUGGCGCACGAGAAACAUACGAAUCGGAAUUUUACCAACGGACGGUAGCGGCGAUUGAGCAGACCAAAAAUGCUGCAUCACGACAGGUUGUGGCCGACAAUGAAAGACAACGAGCAGAGCGCGUGGAAAGGCUGCGGAAAGAACACGAUAUAGCGACCGGGACCGCGGAGGYAGAGGGUGUUGCUGUACCACCUGUAGCAAAGCAACAACCGAUUGUGGAGGAGAAGCCCGUUGCAGGGAGGAAAAAGACCAGCGACAAGGUCGUCAAGGCCAAACCUGCGAAAGGCGACGAUGGUGUGGCCAAGGUCGGCAAUGUGAGGGCAAACUCGCAUGCCGCGAAAGAGGCCAGCGAAACAGAGGAGGAGCACGAAGUCGAGCAGCUGUUGAAUGACAUUCUGAAGAAGGGACCCAUCAUCGUCUUCUCGAAAUCAUACUGCCCUCACAGCAAAAAGGCAAAGCACAUCCUCCAAGAUCUUUACGACAUUACACCUCCGCCGUAUGUUGUGGAACUGGACCACGAGGAGCUUGGACCUGGUCUUCAAGACGCUCUACUUAAAUCCACGGGGAGAAGGACGGUGCCUAACGUGCUGAUCAACGGCAAAUCGAUUGGAGGCGGAGACGACAUCCAGGCCCUACAUGACACAGGCAAACUCAUCGACAAAUUCCAGGCCAUGGGCGGGAAGCGCAUCAUGUCGAUUGUAGAACAUGCCAAGGCAGCUGUGAAGUUCAAAGCGUAG